AUGGCUUCUAGACAGACCAUCUUUGCUCCCAUGCUGCGGCACGUCUCACGACGUGCUGCCAAUCCUCCUGUGCGACCAUCGUUUGCCGCUGCUCGCCAUCUGCACAAGGUGCCCGCUCGAAGCAACAAGCCUGGCAGUUACUCUCGCACUGAUUCUGACAUCGAAGUGGAGCAUCCAGAGGAGCAUGAACUGCCUUCAAGUAAACCAGUUUCGGGCACGGGCGGACAGUUCGUAAAGCCGACUCUCCCCAGCUUCUCUCUUGAUGGCCGUGUCGGUGUCGUCACUGGAGGCGCUCGAGGUCUGGGUUUGGUCAUGGCCCAGGGCAUGGUCUUUUCCGAGGAGGAGGCUCAGAAGCAGACCCAAUUGCUCAUGGACGCCUUUCACCGUGAAAACCCCAAUGCCGAGCGGAUUCCCAACGUCACCGCUCACUUCGCCGACGUAUCCGACCCCGAAUCCGUCGAGAGCUGUAUUGCCGAGGUCGCCGAGCAGCACGGCAAAAUCGACCACCUCGUCACUUCAGCCGGCUUCACUGAAAACUUCGAAGCCGUCAACUACCCCAUUGACCGUAUGCGUAAGCUGUGGGCUGUCAACGUCGACGGAACCUACCUUUUCGCCACCUCAGUUGCCCGUCAUCUCAUGGCGCGCAAAGCCCCAGGCAGCAUGGUCAUGAUUGGUAGCAUGUCUGGCUCCAUAGUCAAUGUUCCUCAGCCUCAGGCUCCUUACAACGCUUCCAAAGCUGGUGUGCGCCAUUUGGCGGCUUCGCUGGCCGUUGAAUGGGCUCAUGCUGGUAUCCGCGUCAACUGUAUCUCUCCCGGAUACAUGCUGACUGCACUCACUGAGAAGAUUCUCAACGAGAAUCCCGAUCUGAAGCAGAAGUGGACCUCACUUAUCCCCCAAGGCAAGAUGGGCCAGCCUCAGGACCUGAUGGGUCCUGUGUCCUUCCUGCUCUCCGAUGCCAGCAGUUACGUCACUGGUGCCGACAUUCGCGUUGAUGGCGGAUAUACUGUGACCUAA